AUGGGGCCAGAUGAAUCCCGCAGGAAUGCAGAUGGCCACGGAUUAAGACUUACCGAGGAAGAGAUGGCUGCCACCUCCGUAGGCAGCGCCGAGGAAGAGAGAAGGGACAGUGGCACGCAAGGGCUGAUGGGACGUAACCCCCUGGGUCCUGGCAGGGAAAAGAUUGGGAAGGAUCGGGCACUGAACUUUGACCCCUGCUGCAUCAGCUACUUUACUAAAGGGGAGUACAUUUUGCUGGGGGGUUCAGACAAGCAAGUAUCUCUUUUCACCAAGCAUGGAGUGCGGCUUGGGACUGUUGGGGAGCAGAACUCCUGGGUGUGGACGUGUCAAGUGGAACCGGAUUCCAACUAUGUGGUGGUCGGCUGCCAGGACGGCACCAUUUCCUUCUACCAGCUUAUUUUCAGCACAGUCCAUGGGCUCUACAAGGACUGCUAUGCCUACAGGGAUAGCAUGACUGACGUCAUUGUGCAGCACCUGAUUACUGAGCAGAAAGUUCAGAUUAAAUGCAAAGAGACCACCAAGAAGAUUGCCAUCUAUAGAAAUUGAUUAGCUAUCCAACUAAUCCUCUGCUAAUUAUAUUCAGAGGACGCAUUAGACAUACAUUACCAGGUAAAAGAAAAGAUUGUCAAGAAGUUUGAGUGCAACCUCCUGGUGAUGUGUGCCAAUCACAUUAUCCCAUGCCAGGAACCAAAUGCCAACAGUGUGGCCUGGAACACCCAGUGUGAGGACAUGCUCUGCUUCUCGGGAGGAGGCUACCUCAACAUCAAAGCCAGCAUCUUCCCUGUGCACCACAUCCACCAGGAACUUGCUCUCCCUCAAUUGCACCAAACCAACUCUGCUUAUUAA